UGUGUGUGUAUCUUUUGUUUGUUGGCCUUGUUGCUGUUUAACCUCAAUGUUUUUAUUACUUUCUAGACUAAGUUCAUUAAAUCGAUACAAAACAUUAAAUUUAAAAGCUUAUAAUAAUUACCAGUGUUAUUUUGUAAAAUAUAUCCAAUCUAGAAUAAUGGCUGUAACAAUAAAUGAUGCAAUAGGGAUUUUAAAAUCUAUUGCUCCUUUAAAUUUAGCGGAAGGCUGGGACAACGUAGGUCUUUUGGUAGAACCUUCACAAAAUAAAAUAAUGCGUUCAUUAUUAUUAACAAUAGAUUUAACUGAAGAUGUGGUUGAUGAAGCAAUUGAAAAUAAAUGUCAAUUAAUUGUAGCCUACCAUCCAAAUAUUUUUAAACCCCUCAAAUCCGUCAAUCAUGAACAUUGGAAACAAAGAAUUAUAAUAAAGUGUAUCAAAAAUGAUAUAGCAGUAUUUAGUCCUCACACUUCAUGGGACUCAAUGCGUAAUGGUGUAAAUGAUUGGUUAUCUACAGCAUUUGAAGUAGAAUAUAGUAAACCUAUAAAUGUUAAUGCAAAUGAUUCUUCUGGACGAACUGGCGUAGGAAGGUACAUCACCUUACAAUCUGCCAUAUCAUUGAAAACUGCUAUAGAGCUAGUUAAAGAGCUUAUAGGACUUCCUUAUGUAAGGGUGGGUGUGGGAAGGAAGAAGGAUUUAGAUUCCUACAUUAACAGCGUAGCUAUCUGUGCUGGCUCAGGAACAUCAGUCCUGAGUGGAGUCAAAGCUGACUUGUACUUAACUGGAGAAAUGCUUCAUCAUGAUGUACUCGAAGCUACACAACAAGGAAUUAAUGUAAUUUUAUGCAAUCACAGUGAUUCAGAAAGAGGUUUUCUUAAGUAUUUCCAAAAAAAAUAUGACAUUGAAGGAAUUGAAGUUAAGAUAUCAAAGGUUGAUAGGGACUGUUUGCAAACAAUGUAACCAUAACUAAAACUAAUGUAUUAUGUAAAUAGAUAUGUUUAAAAACUUUAUUAAAAGAUUAAAGUUAU